AUGGAAGCCACGACUUCACUCCUCAAGCGUGAUGCCAGCUCCCCCUCAAACUAUCCCGCCUAUGUGUUGGCUAUCAUCGUGGGUUGCAUUGCGUGCGUUCUCAUCGGAUAUGGUAUCUUUACCAUGUACCACGGAGUAGAGGAGGAAACCUACCGCGAACUCAGCCAGCAACAGCGACAAUACAUGCAUGAGGUACGACAACGUACGCUUGAUGAUCUCGAAGCAGCCUCACGGCGGUACACCAGAGCUCAUGAUAGUCCGAGAGAGACUCCCAAGAAGAUGCAGGCCGUGUGA